AUGGAGACAAGGCAACCAAAGAGAAGGAUUGUGUUAGUCCCACUUCCAGCACAAGGCCAUGUAACCCCCUUUAUGCAACUCGGGAAAGCCGUUUACGUGAAGGGCUUCUCAGUUACAGUUAUUCAAGGACACUUCCAUCAAGUAAGCUCUUCUUCUCAACAACAUGACUUCCCAGAUUUUCAGUUUGUCACCAUACCAGAAAGCUUACCAGAGUCUGAAUACGAGAGGCUUGGACCAACCGAGUUUCUGCUGAAGCUCAACAAAACUAGUGAGGCGAGCUUCAAGGAUUGUAUAGGUCAGUUGUUGGUGCAACAUGGCGAUGAUAUUGCAUGUAUCAUCUACGACGAGUUCAUGUACUUCUGUGAAGCGGCAGCCAAGGAGUUCAAGCUUCCUAGUGUCAUAUUCAGCACACAAAGUGCUACAAAUCAAGCUUCACGCUGUGUUUUAAGAAACCUCAAUACAAAGAAGUUCUUGGCCGACAUGGAAGAUGACGUGCAAGACAAGGUGGUGAAAAAAUUGCACUUAUUGAGAUUCAAAGACCUAUCGGUUUCAGGACUAGGGCCACUAGACCGAGUUUUGGAGCUAUUUAAUGAGAUGGUCAACAAAAAAACAGCUUUCGCUGUUAUCAUCAACACGGUGAGCUGUCUAGAGGACUCUUCUUUGUCAUGGCUAGAACAAGAAUUUGGAAUCCCGGUGUAUCCGUUAGGCCCUUUCCACAUCACAGGUUCAAUGCCUUCAAGUUUAGUGGAAGAAGACAGGACCUGCAUUGAAUGGCUGAACAAGCAGAAACCAAGGUCAGUCAUAUACAUAAGCUUGGGAAGCGUAGCUCACAUAGAAACAAGGGAAGUUUUGGAGAUGGCUUUGGGAUUGUGUGAUAGCAACCAGCCUUUCUUAUGGGUCAUCCGACCAGGCUCUAUCCCUGGCUGGGUGUCGUUGCCAGAGGAAGUAAGUAAGAUGGUCUCAGAAAGAGGAUACAUCGUAAAAUGGGCGCCGCAGAAUGAAGUACUUGCACAUCAUGCAGUGGGUGGCUUCUGGAGUCACUGCGGAUGGAACUCAACACUUGAGAGUAUUGUGGAGGGAUUUCCAAUGAUUUGCAGGCCUUUUCAGGGGGAACAGAAGAUAAACGCAAUGUAUAUAGAAAGUGUUUGGCGUGUAGGGAUUCAGCUUGAAGGUGAAGUUAAAAGAAAAAGGGUUGAGAGAGCUGUUAGGAGGUUGCUUGUGGAUGAAGAAGGUGCAUGCAUGAGGGAAAGAGCACUUGCUUUAAAAGAGAAGGUCAAAGCCUCUGUGAGAAAGGGAGGCUCCUCGUACAAUGCGUUUGAUGAGCUUGUCAACUACUUGAAAACAGAGUGA